AUGGCCAUAGUAAAUGAUCCUGCAGUCGACGAUCCAAAACAAGACUUAAUAGUCGUUGAAGAACUUUUGGUUUUCAAAGAAAGAAUUGAUGAUAUUGUGCAGGGCCCAUUUGUUAGCGACUACAAUUUUGAGCAGACAUUGAAAGAAGG